AUGGCCCCUACCUUCCUCAACAGCCUGCGCCGCCGAUCGAGGGCCAGUUUCCGUACCAAUCACUCUGCAACAGACACUUCUAGUGAUGGCGCUGCCUCUCAGGGAGAGUCACCUUCGAGUGGCUCGUUGACGCCACCUUCAAUCGAUAUUCAGUCCGAUCCUGCACUGCAUCUGCAAACUAAAGACCAGCAACUUGAGCGUCGAAAGUCACAAAUCUCCCACAGCCUGAGUCAACAACAAAUCGUGCAGCAGAGGCCACCGCUCACUUCAAGUUCGAACCGUAACAGUGUUUCCGGCAUGUCGGGCCUUGGUGCGCCCUCUAUCAAUGGACGGCAAGCCCUCCCAUCGUCGCCCUGGCCCGUCUGCAACUCGCACUUCAAGGCAUUGGUUUACUUGCAACCAGGACCAAACAAGUUGCGCUUCGAGUUUUCGAGCCCCAAACUACCCAACAGUAACAGCUCGAACCCGAUCCACGCCUCCUACCUUACCGUUCACAUGCUACCGAUCAACAAUUCACCACCACUGCAGCUUGCUGUACUAGUUGCCAAGGACUCGCCAGAAACAUUCGAUGCGUCGCCCGCCCGGGCCGAAAAGGAGGGCAAUGGACUGGAGACGGCUGUGAGGAAGUUCAGGAUGGCGGCGUACCUAUGGCAAGCUUUCACCUCGGAACAGAUGUGGCGGAACAAGCUUGGACGGCGCGCAUUCCGUUUUGACGAAGAAUGGACAACAGGUUCUGCCAACUAUCGUGAUCGAGAGAACGGCACCAUGCGCUCUGAAGCCAGGGUUCAUAUUAUCCGCUCUGACAAGACCACUGCUGAGAUCCGGGACCUUAACAAGGCUCAGCAAAACGAAAAGGCUACUGAAAAGGGUGCUCUGUAUGAUAUCGCUUCCGAGGCUGUCAAGAAGUACUUCAACCCACUCCCCGGCCAGAAGCUCUACGUCUCUUGUCUGCUUUUGGACUCUCAUUGGGAUAAGGCCGCGAAUACCGUGACCGGCCAUGCUGCUCUUGGUGGUGGAGAUGGUAAUCUGCAGCUGGCAAUAUUUGGAUCGCAUUGCCUGCAUAGCUACCCAUCUAGCUUUGAAGAGGUCGUCCCUGCUUUCACCGACUGUACUCCAACAGACACAAACCACGUGGCGAACGACUGUAACGAAGCGGGAAGCUCUUGGGAAGCUGCCAAUAUCGGCAUCGGUGCACACAUGCACGAGACGGGACAUCUAUUUGGAUGCCCACACCAGGAGAGCGGUAUCAUGUUACGAGACUAUGUGGUGCUUAACCGCACUUUCGUAGCCCGGGAGGCCUACUGCACAAGAACUAAGUCCAAGGGUGGAGUUGCACUGCAGGCUGAUGAAUGUGGUUGGCAUCGCCUUGACUGCCUACGCUUCCGAGCUCAUCCGGCGUUCCGCCUCCCCAAUGACCCUCCUAUGAACGCUGACGCCAGUGUUCAAGCUUUCCCUGUGGAGAGCGGCAACAUCCUAGUCAUGGCAGCCACUGGUGUCUUUUUCGUCGAAAUCUACGCUGAGGGUGACGACGUCUGUCAUGCGUGGAUCGAGUAUCCUAUUGACCAAGGAAUGCCGUCUCGACAAGUCACGCUCAGCGAAAGCGAGUUGCGUGGCAGAUUGCCAGACAAGAAGAGAAAGGGCGCCAUGAAGAUUUCUGUCAAGUCAUAUGGGGGUGGGUCAAUUGACAUUGACGACUAUAAGAAAUUCGUUUCAAAAGAAUCGCUUGUCAAGCUCUCGAGUGGGAAAAAUGGUUUCCGAAGCCAGAAAAUGGGUUGCUCUAAGAUGGAUGGAACCCAGCCUACGGAAGCUGUCUUUACCAGUGCUACCAAGCAAGAUCGAGUUCUUUCUCGUGUGGUGGUUUACCACGGUAUGGCCGUCGAUGGAAUGGAGUUCGUCUACGACGACGACUCCAGGCAGCUGUUCGGAAAGAAAGGUGGCAAGGAGGGAGGUGAUACUUUUGAGUUCGAUGUCCGCCGUGGUGAAUACAUUAGCGGUUUCGUUGUGCGGUCUGGUUUCUGGAUUGACGGUAUCCAAAUUUUGACCAGCUUGGGUCGCAAGUCACCCAUCUAUGGCAAUGCACAUGGAGGAGAUUCACGCACUUUGAUACCGCCUCGAGGAUACAUUAUCUGUGGUGUUUCUGGCUCGUGCGGCCAGUGGCUCGACGGCUUCUCGGUUAUAAUCACACGAUGA